UGCUGCUGCAGAGACUUCUCAGCACGACCAGAUACGACCCGACCAGUACGUACACAGUGCUCUGGUGGGGAAAACCCAGCCCCCAAGAACGAUCAAAGGUGGGAGGAAAAACCGAGACAUAUCCUGUCGCUUCCUCCCGGUGCAGUAAUGCUGAAUGCAUAACGGUAGCUCUCGUAGAGUAAGGCGGAGAGAGCCUUGUUUACAAGUCUGCGAAGGAGACGUUAUAAACCCUUUGUCUUGGAAAUAAGCAUCGCGUCUUUGCUGCUGCUGAUCCAGUGUUCUGCCACUGCUGGUGACAUUAACAUUUGUGGACUAUUUCAUUUAUUUUUUACCUUUUUCCCCUUGAAAUGUCUUGAUGUAACUGCAAAGAAAUAGUAAAUUUUAAUGCAUUUCCAGUGGAUGCUUCUCCGUUCACUAUGAUAGCAUUUUAUGUCUGAGACUCCUUUGUGUAUGUGUGUGUGAAAAAUCACAUGAUCUCAGUUUGAAGGAGAAAAACUGGAAGACAGAAGAAAUCCUGGUGUGGUUUCCCCCCCUUUUUUUUGCUAGGUCAGCUUUCUAGAUGGUGGCAGUGGCAAUUUCUACCAACAUUGUGAAACACACAUACUACGGUGUGCUGUAGAUUUUGAUGGUUUUUCAUUUUUAAAUUUUUUUUAAAAAAAUUAUUUUGCUGCAGUUGGGGUGCACUGUGAUUACGUUUCUUCUAAAUUGCUGAUUUGCAUUUAAUGUGUAGGAAUAUGCUCAUGAAGGAGUAUCGGAUCUGUAUGCCGUUGACAGUUGAAGAGUACAGAAUUGGACAACUGUACAUGAUCAGUAAACACAGCCACGAGCAAAGUGAUCGUGGUGAAGGGGUAGAAGUGGUCCAAAAUGAACCAUAUGAAGAUCCAAAUUAUGGGAAUGGACAACUGACCGAAAAGCGGGUUUAUCUGAACAGCAAACUCCCAAGUUGGGCAAGAGCUGUUGUGCCCAAAAUAUUUUAUGUUACAGAGAAGGCAUGGAAUUACUACCCAUACACAAUUACAGAAUACACGUGUUCAUUUUUGCCUAAAUUCUCCAUUCACAUAGAGACAAAAUAUGAGGACAACAAAGGAAUCAAUGAUAAUAUAUUUGAUAACGAAGCCAAAGAUCUUGACAGAGAAGUCUGCUUUAUUGAUAUUGCCUAUGAUGAAAUUCCCGAGCGCUAUUACAAAGAGUCAGAGGAUCCUAAAUACUUCAAAUCAGAGAAGACUGGGAGAGGCCUAUUAAAAGAAGGCUGGAGAGAUACUCAAGAGCCCAUCAUGUGUUCCUACAAACUGGUGUCUGUGAAAUUUGAAGUAUGGGGACUUCAAACUCGAGUAGAGCAGUUUGUUCACAAGGUGGUCAAAGAUGUAUUGCUGAUUGGCCACCGACAGGCUUUUGCAUGGGUGGAUGAGUGGUAUGACAUGACCAUGGACGAAGUUCGAGAAUUUGAACGAGCAACUCAGGAAGCCACCAACAAGAAAAUUGGGAUCUUCCCUCCUGCAAUAUCAAUCUCUAAUGUCCCCCUCCCUUCUUCAAUCCGCAGCGCUCCUUCUAGUGCUCCAUCUACCCCUCUCUCCACAGAUGCACCUGAAUUUCUAGCAGUUCCCAAAGACCGGCCACGGAAAAAAUCUGCCCCAGAAACUCUCACGCUGCCAGAUCCAGACAAAAAAGCGCUCUAAGCCCAGCAUGUUUCUUAUGACAAGCCAUGACUGAAAAAAUAGCAUUUGCAAAGCUCAUGGCAGUUGUUUUGUGUAAACAGAUUUUACAGAUCUGGAAGUAUGACUUCGUCCCCCUCCCAGGCUUGUCCUUUAAACUAGUUAGCUAAGUGCAUGCAAGAACAUAGUUCAUGUGCUCAGAUUCUCAAACUACAGCUGUAAGCCAUAUGACGGAUGUUGCUAUCAACACAAAAUAAAAUAGCUUGCAAAAGCAAAAUCAAUCUCUUCAUAGCAACUGUAGUAAACAAAAGUAAUUCUCAUAUAUAGAAUAACAAUAUUUAUAACUAGAGAUGUUAUAUGGAUUUAAUAAAGCUGGCAAGGAGAUCUUGAGAGAAUGAGGGACUAUUUAGGGACAGGUUCAAAUGACAUUUCUCAUUUCAAGCCAUUAUAUCUCAAUUUCUAAAAUCCUUUUUACUCUCAGGCCGAGUGCACCUUAAAGUAAACCUUUGAACUGCUAUUCACUGAUAAACACUUGAAUACCAACAGUAAUUAUCCAGAUUUUUGUUUUACUGAAUACAACUCAGGAUUUGGGGUGUAGCUAUUGCACACUUUAAGCUCUUCGAAAUUAAAGAACCAGCAAGCUCUGGUUGUAAUUCAUUAUACUUAUUUUGAGACCCUUGAACUAUUUGUAUCUUGCACAAAAGUUGUGACUCCUUUUUAUUGUGUGCUGUUGUAUAGCUUUUCUGUGUUGGUAUUUGGUAGUGUUGUUGCAGAGAGCGAGAUAGGAACACAAGCAAUUGAAUAGCCCACCAAGCUCACAUGAGUGAAGUCUGUCCCAUUAAUAAUUCAGCAAUUUAUUUCAAUCCCCCAGAAUUCCUGAGAAACCAGCCAAUACACCUGAUCCAAAAUCCUGUUGAAUCAAAUGGAGAGUUCAGUCCAUUUUCUGCUACUGUACAUUGUGAGCAGGAGUUAAGCUAUUCUAUGCUAUAAAUCUUCCCAUUCUGCUAAUGAUAGACAAGAAUGGCUAGCAAGUGAUUUGAAGGUGUCUGAUGCCACUCUGAGGGAUGUUGCCUAACCUCUCACCUGUCAACCCAAUUCCUCCUCCUUUGCUUGUGAGAAACAGAAGUUCUGUUCAGGAAAUGGUUUGUGUAGGGGGGCAUGGGGCUGUGCAACCUACAGACACUCACUCCGUGUCCCAGCCCCACCCUGCUCAUUCCCCACCUUCCAGUGAUGAAGAGGAAAGGUCUAAAGGGAAAGGUCACUUGAACACAAGUAGAAGCCAAUCAGGAACCCUGCUUUAUCAAGCAAAUUCAGGUAGACUGCCCCCUCCAGGCCUUCCCCCCUCAAUACAAAAAGGUUGGGAACAGAGACAGCAGGGGUGGCACAUGCAGGGAUGAGGCUGAUUCAUGUGGCCUUGCACAUCCUAUGCAGAUUGAUACUUCCUGUACAGACACAAUGCCUUUGAGAGAAAGAGACAUGAAAGCUGGAAGACAGCAAUGGGUGGUGUUCAAUGCUAGUCCUACUCAGAGUAGACCCAUUGAAGCUCAUAGACAUGACUAACUUAGGUUCAUUAAUUUCAGUGGGUCUACUCUGAGUAGGAUUAAGUUGAAUACAACCCAAUCUCUUAAGCUUACUAGCUUCCCUCUUCUAUAUACUCAUGUAUGCUUUCUUACUAUUUCUGGCCUUCCCCUGGCCUGGUGUGUCUAUAGUUCCCCAACCCUUGUCAGAAGAAACAACAGGAAGGAAGAUGGGAGGGGGGAUGUUAGAAGGAAAGUCAGCUGUUGAGAGGUUUACAAGUAGGCCAUUCUGAGGAGGCGAUAGGAGGUUAUAGGCCAGAUUCUCCUUUCCCCUCAUAAGGGUAAAACUAACUGCUGGCAAUUUAAGGUAGUAUUAAGGUCCAUUUGCUACUAUAUUGAUUAGUGAUCUUUGUAUAAACAUGCUACUACUGGUUUGUUCCACAAGACUAGAAGAGCCUUCACCAACUUGAGACCCUCCAGAUGUUUUAGACUACAACUCUCGUCAGCCCCAGCCAUGCUGACUGGAACUGAUGAAAGCCAUAAUUCAGCACAGCUGGAAGGAUACCAGCUUGGCAAAGACUGGUCUAGAGGCAGUUAAACCCAAGUUGAGACAAGAGUUCUUAAGCAUGGUGAGUGGGCUUCUUCAGCUCUUGACAAAAACAAAGGAUUACUUUAACUACAAGUAUGUGGCUUGUUUCAUUCUGGCACCAAAGACCGGGAGAACUAUAGAAAAAAUUGGUGAACAAGAGUCAUUAUAUGUCUUAAUAUUUGUCCCCUAAAUGGCCCCUGGGACAUCAAAACUCUGUAGGAAGUUCUUCCACCAGUUUACAUCACAGGUAGGGAAGUACAUCACCCACACAGCUUGGUGUGUUGAUGGUAAUUAGCAGGCUGGAGUAUGGGGAACAAUUCUAUAUUAGCAUAUAAAACCAGACUUCUAGGAAGCUGCCUUAUCCUUGGAGCUUUGGUUCAUCUAGCUCAAUGUUGUUUACAGUGACUGGCUUUCCAUCGUUUCAGGCAGGGGGCAUUCCCACCCUUACCUGCCACUGCCAGGGUUUGAACCAGGGACCUUCUGCAUGCAGAGCAGAUGCUCUACUAGUGAUCUAUGGACCUACUACUAAGUUAGAGAGGAUCUCUAUUGCUAAAAAUCCUGUAACAAGACAAUAAUACAGUGUGAGGAAGAAUUCCAACUAACAUUCUGGAAAGGGAGAAGAAUUCUCUAAAGAACUAUGUCUCUUCAGCCACAGCUAGCAGUUUGUAGCCCACAAGCCUUGAGCCUGCUCAAGGGUGCAAGAGGCCCAGUUUCAGCUCUUAGUAUAUGGACCAACAGAAUAUAAUGCCUAUGAUUGCAGCACACUGACUUCAGAAAGGGAAACCUCGUGAAGUUACCCUGCAAACGUUGACAGAGAAGUUUCUAUCCGGUCUUUGUUUUGCAGUGCACAACAGAACACAAAAAAUUAUGUGAGAAGGUAAUGUAGAGAUCUUCUAAGGCUUGUUAGAGAAACAAAAAAGACUAUAAUAAUAAUAAUAAUAAUAAUAAUAAUACAUUUUAUUUCUAGGCCGCCUAUCUGGCCGCACAAGCAGCCACUCUAGGCGGCGUACAAGAUCAAGUAAAAUACAACAUACAAACUACAUAAAAACCCAAGAACUACAAUAUAAAACAAACCGAACCCACCCAUAGCUAAAACCAAUAAAAUUAGGCUACCCCAGGGAUCUUGUAGGCCUGCCUGAAUAGCCAGGUUUUCAAGGCUUGGCGAAAACUUGGCAGGGAGGGGGCAUGGCGAAGAUCAUAAGGGAGAGAGUUCCAGAGGGUGGGGGCCACGAUUGAAAAUGCCCUCUCUCUGGUCCGCACCAGUCUAGCUGUUUUGACUGGUGGGACUGAGAGAAGGUCUUGAGUGGCUGAUCUAGUCAGGCGGCAUAUUUGUUGAUGCUGGAGGCGUUCCUUCAGUUAAGCUGGGCCGAGACCGUAUAGGGCUUUAAAGGUUAGUACCAACACCUUGAAUUGGGCCCGGUAAACAACUGGUAACCAGUGUAGAUCUUGUAACACCGGAGUGAUGUGAUCGCGGCGACGGCUGUUCGUAAUCAAACGUGCCGCCGCAUUCUGUACCAGCUGCAGUUUCCGGACCGUUUUCAAGGGUAACCCAACAUAGAAAUUCCUGGGCUGCUGCUUUCAUGCUAAAUUUAUUUCUCUCAUGGAAGAGUAGAAUUUAUGGGUUCAAUCAAGGGGCUUUCCUGGAUCCUCUUCCCCAAUUCAGCCCCCUGCGCUCCCCCCCCAAAAAAGCCACUCUAUAAAUGGUUGAGAGAUCCUCUAGGUUGGUGUAGAAUGAGGCACGGGAGGCUGCAGCAGGAUUGGGAAAUUGGCAGGGCUACCCUUGUGCAAAUGAAAGUGUCUUUCUUGCUUAAAACCUAAGGGUUUGUUAUUUUUACUAUAAUAACCAUGGAGAAUUACAAUAUCAGUUGCACCUUGUCGUUACACAUUUGGAAAAAAGGCAAGAUCUUACUGGCCUGUUAGUAGCAUCACCCUUCAGUCUCAGGAAUCAAAGUUGCUUCCCAAUAUCACAGGUUAAAUUAGGAGUCUCUUUCCUUACGUAAUCAUCCCACGCUGUCCAGUGGUUAAGGAUAUAUAAUUAAUUCCAAACUGCAAUUAAUCCUUAACCAUUUUCUUUAGCAAAGCUCUUAGUAAUUAGCUCUCUCCAAGCUACAUCAGGUCUUGCUAAGUACUGAAUGUGUCAUAAACUUGUAGUGAGAUUAUACACAUUCUCAUCAGAGGCAAAUAGAAACAUACAGACCUCAGGGUGUUGUAAUUAUCUUGAAAUAAGGGAAAAGAAAUUAGUGGAUAUAUUUCUAGCAAGUGUGGUAGCAUGAUUAUGCGUGUGAAAUAGUAGCUGACUUAAAUCCACCACCGACUUCUAAGUGGCAUGUUUAAAUAGUAGGUAAUAACAGGAUUUUAGAGUAGUUUCAGUCAUGGAAUGGUGGGGUGGGAAAACAAUACUGUACAUUGUGUAGCUUUGAAAGCUUCAAGAACCCAAGGCCAACAUAAUCCAAUAGUUCUUGAUACACCUAACGUUUAGCUUUAUACCUUCUCUCAGUUAUUGCCCAUAGGGUUUAUUUUUCAUCUUUCUCAACAUCCUGGUCUUCUGUUUGGCUGUUGUAAUAUCUCCCCCCCUUUAUUAUCACAACCUGUUUUGUAUAUAAAUCUACCCCGACUACGCAUGUGGCUAUAGCUAACAAAUGUGUAUUGCUACCAAUUUAAUCGUGAUAAUUUCUCCAGACAUACAAGUAAAUGUUGCUAUCCUUCUAUCUCCUUUUAGAAUGUUCCGCACAGAUGAAUAGGACAAGACAAUAUUCAGCUUUAUUGUGUUGGUUUGUUUUAACUGUAUCACAUCCUAAUACUGUACAGUUGUGUUACUUUCACUUGGGAAAAGAGGACGCACUUGUGUAAUUGAGUAAUACAUCUCAGAAAAGAUGCUGCUUAAUCAACUGCAUAGAGCAUAUCAGAAACAGAAAGAUAAUGGCAUGCCAUGAAAAAAAAUAAUGGAAUGUUCUGCAUUACCUCCUCCACUCAAUGUUGUAGCUAUAAGCCUUUGUUCAACUUAGAUGUGCUAUCAAAAUUUGGUGCUUAAUGUGUAAGACACAAAAGUUUGAUUCCACUGCAUGUCUAAAUGAUGGGUUAGCACAAUCCAUUCCUGCCUCACAUUUUCUGUUUUUAUAUGGGGUGAGGGCAAACAGAAAAGUAAUCCAUUAGAUUUCUAGAGAACUGGUAUCAUCUACGGUUUUCACGGAUCACAGUAGACUCCUCUAUCAUAUUCUGUUUGCCCUCACUGCUUUUGCCAUUAUUAAGCUAUCAAUUAUUUAAUGAGUUUUUGUCAUGCUAUGACAACCUCCUUUUUAAAGUAUUUCCAACACAAGACUAACUAAAUUACAUUUCUAGCAUAUUUUUGUUGCACUAAUAUGUUUUUUUAUAAAAAAAAGGUUUUCAAGGAUAAUUUGUCUGAAUUCAUUUGUACAAAUUAUGCUGUAUAUUUUUAGAUGUGAUUGUGAGGAACAGACAGAACUGCGGAUGUUUAUAUUAUUUGUUUUGCGGAACAAACUGAUUUUAGUUGGCACUUUUAAAUGUGUGGUGCAACACAGCAAAACGGAAGUAUUAUGACAUUGCAGUGUUGUAGGCUCUUUACCCCUUUUUGUGACUGGCAAAUUGUAUAUGUUGAAGUACUGCUAGAGAAGAGUUAGGAGGUGCAUGUUAUGAAGGCGAUAUACUGCUUUUUUAAAAUUAACCUUUCCUACCUGUAAAACAGAUUCCCAAAAUUGUUGAUUUAAAAAAUUGCAACCUUGACAACAUACUCAGGCAAAAUAGUAACUAAAGUAAGUUUUUUUAAAGACUUACCAUUAGAGUCUCAGUAAGAGUGGGUUCACACUUACUACAGGAAAAACAAGUGUGCAUAUGCAUCAGUUGUGUUUGCAACAAGGUGUGGAUGAAAAUACAUACAUCUUUAAAACACAUGUAUGUAUUAUCAAGAAACCUUCAUUGUGCCCACAUUAGAGUAGCUUAAAGACUAUGUUGUCAACGCUACACGGUUGCUGUGGGAAACAUUAUUAUACAUGCAACAGUUGUGUUUGCCAAAAAGUUUUGAGCUACCACAAGAUAAAGUUAAGCUCUGCCACUCUUCACACAUGAGUAAAUAUCAUUCCUGCUAGUUAUACCAUUGACUUUAUGCUUGCAUAUUUGAGUAAAUCUACAGAAUUAAACAGCUCAAUCAUCUCCAAGGCUGUAAUCCUCAGACAACAUAUUGCAGACCACCCUAUUGGAGUGGUGCUCCUCCAGAAUAGAUGGCUUGAGAUGCGCAUCUUCAAUCUGUUUUCCUUUCUAGAUUUCUGUUUAGUAGGUGAUGUUUCACUUGGUAAUGGAAUAUUUAAAACCUUUGUUAAUGUAAGAAUGCGCUUUAAAAAGUCCUGUGGUUUUAAUUUGAACAGUUAUAAGAGAAGCCACACUCUCGCAUAACACAUUGGCUUAGAUCCAAAGGUGUUCCAGUAUGAGCAGAAGGUUUUAACUAAUUCCCUCCUCUCACUGCAGCACCACCACCACAUCCCAUGCUGUUCUGGAGGCUGAAGUGCAGAGGAGAGGGUGAGAAGACCCCAUUGGGAAACUGGAAUUCCACUCACUGCUCUAGAUCAAAGUUACUGUGGUUUGCCACACCAAAACUUUAAAAAUAUGCUGUCAUAUAGGAUAUAUCAAAUAUAUGCACUUCAUAUCAACUACAGCUAGUAAAUGCAAUACGGGAGGAUACAUGACCUUGUCAAUAGGAGCUUUCUGACUGCCAUUAUUCAGACUUAAUUUAGAUGUCUUAUGUCUCAUAAAGGCUUGAAGCUAAACAAUUCUUGACUGGUUCCUAUGCCUUCACCCACCCCCAGUUUGUGUGGACAGCAUGGUCUUUGAAUUACAGCCUCCUCUGAUUUUUGAAUGUUACUUAUGGAAAUGAGUUUUUAUUUCAUUUCUGUAGCAAUCUUUGUGACUUUGAAUGUUAUGUAUAUUAUUAGUGUUUUGUGGAUACGUUUAGUGUUACAUUGUUUAGAUGAGCUAGUUUCAUGAAAGGAGGACCAAGUGCCCUGAGAUAAACAGUACAAGACUAAGUAGAAAGAUCUGAGUCUCAUAGUUACCAUACACACCACUUGUUGCUUUUAAGUUAUUUAUUCUUGUUUUACAAGUUACCUUUUCUUACAUUCUGUUGUAAAUAAACUAC